GCCAAGGUGGCCCCUGACCUGCCAUGUACCCCAACCCUCUCGUCUACUGCCCCUGCUGGGAUCCCUGGAACUUGGGACCACGGAAACUAAUUGAGACCCCUCGGCCACCAAGAAAGACCUCCCCAGUGAAAUCCAAGCUAACUCCUCCUCCUCCGGCUUCAAAAAAACAAAAUUAUGCCCAACUGAUAACAAAAUCUGUUAUCGCCCCAAAGUAUGUCAGAGAAAUGACAGAACCCGAUGGGAUUCCUCCCAGACCUCAGCUCCUACAAGCCCAGGAAAUAAUAAACGUGUCACCUGGCUACCGCUUCGUUCGGAAUAGGGAGCAGAUUUGCAUCACCUUGGGAGAUGAGAUGUCUGCUAGGAAAAAGCAUUCAGAAUCAGAGAUCAUGGACAAAGUCAGGACUUCCAGGACUGCUAUCAUUACUGACCUCGAAGAACAGAUCUCAGAGCUGACAGCGAUAAUAGAGCAAAUGAACAGAGCCCAUCGUUCUGCCCAAAAACUGCUUGCCAAUGAAAUGGAUCUCCGCUGUGCUGAGAUGCAGAAGAACUUUGAAAGCAAGAGGAGGGAGCUCGAGGAGACUCACGCAGCACAGCUCAGUGAGCUGGAGAAAAACUACAAAGCAGCCUUGAAGGCAGAGAAGUUGGCUGCCCAGGAUAAACUAGAGGAUAUGGGAAAGGAAUAUAAGUAUCUGAAUAAUAUGUUUCAUAUAUAUCAGGACAGCAUUUAUGAUGGAAUGGAGAAGUGGUCAGAGAAGAAGGCAGAAUGGGAGAAGGAGUGGGAAAAGAUCCUGUUACAGCAAAGUGAGUACAGAAAGUUUAGACUUUUUGAUGACAGAUGCACCACGAAACUAGCAUUAAGUUUGGUCUCGACUUGAGGAAGGCAGCCUUGAAGUCACGAAGGAUGAUGGGGGUGCUGCAUGGCUGGACUCCUGAAUGGAAAGGUGCCUGGAGUCUUCAAGAAAGUGCAACAAGGAUAGAGUCUUUUAUGUAGUUUAGCCACCUGAGGGUCUCAACCGUACCCUCCAGAACUCACUGAUUGCAAGUUUGGCAAUCAUGUGCUGGAACGAGCUUGUGGACAUCUGUAGGAUUGCAGACUUGUUUUCUGGGUACAGGUGACCCCGAAGUUCCAGAAAAAAAGCUCUUGAAUUAGUUUCAAAUAUUCACUUGUUGGGGGAGGGGCAACACAGUCCAUACUCCCACGUCCCCCCUAGAGAAAUUCAUGUUUGAUAUAUUUUUCAAUUGAGAUAUAUUUUAAUUGAUAUAAGGUGUACAACAUGUUGAUUUGAUACAGUCAUAUAUUGCUGUGUAUUUUUUUAAUAUUUCCAACACUUAGCACAGAGCCUGGAUCAUACAUAGUGCCCUAUAGGACACUUUCCUACCUCCACUGAGCUUCUUCAUAAAUGGAAAAAAGAGAGAGAAAUCUCUGGAAACUGCUCCCUGACCUAGAGGACUAGUUGAGGUAGAAUUGGGGGCUCUAUAAACCUAUUCCAGAUUUAGUUGAUAUUCACAAAUUUAGUUGAUAUUCACAAAUCACUCAUAUAAAUGCAGAUACUCCCUGGGAAAGGUCAUCCUUAAAGCCCUUCCCACCCUGGACUCCCAGGAGGUAGCAUGAAGACCCUGGAGUCAAGGCUGGGGAAUGGGGUGUGGAGCUGCUCCUGUCUGAGUCUUUACCUGGAAUCUUGGUGUAGCAUAGCCCACGUCAUCACCCGGACUCCCAGCUACUCGUACUACGCUCAUCCCAUGUUGCCAGAGUCUAUGCUAAGAUGCUACGAGCAGUUUUGCAAGACCGGAAUUUAGCUGCUCAUAGUGUAGCUCAGUCCAGACUUAUCUUGUGAGCCCAGGGGUUGCCUC